CUCACUCCAUGAGAAGGGUCUUGUCUAGUCUUGUAAAUUUUCUUUUUUCGUAUUUAGUUUCUGUCCUGUAGGUAGGAACUGCCAAAACAGUGUUUUGCAUUGUUCAUCGACAGGAAACCAGUUCUAUCUAAUAAUCGAGCUAUCUGGUAUAGCAUUUUUCAUUCUACCCCCUAUUAAUUCUAAUAAGGGCCCUUUGGAGACAGCGCACUAUUGCGCAGUCUAAAUCAGUAGGAACUUCGCGAUGUGUUUCGGAUCAUGUCUCGGCAGCGAUGACCAUCGCAGGCGGCCCCAACGACAAGGUCCGUAUAGAUCGCAUAACGCACAACGUUCCCAAAGCACUCAACGUCGGGAAGCUACCCGUGCAGCUCGGGAAUAUGGAUGGCCGCGUGAACACAGUGAACGUGGUACUCGCAACUACGGACAAGCCGGAAAUAGAGACUCGUAUCUCGAACCCGGACUUGCGGAGGCCUUGGUCAAUCUUCCGGGUAGCGAGUUCCGCCACGUCUACGACCCGGAACGCCCCCGACAUCCACCCCAGGACCAAUAUCAUAGUCAAUCGCCCCAAUAUCAGUAUCCCGACCGACAUAGCCAUGCCACUAGGUCAGAACACAUCCGACUAAAGCAAGUACCGACCGGAAGGGGGGAGCUUAACCAUGAUAACGUCGGCCCGUUCAGAAGCAUGUACGGCAGCGUACACGGGGUAGUCCAUGAGCAGCCCAGAAGGGCCGAUACUAUGACCACAACCCUUCGCAGGACAGAAUCUCGGCGUUCCGUAGAUAGCAACGGGGUUAGCGAUAUUUCUAGCGACGACGACGGCGAUAGCUGGGGCAGCGGGGAGAGCCGUAGGUGGCUUGCCCCCACUCCCCCAGCGUCAACUCGGGGGGAACAUAAUCUCUAUGACCGCACGGGACAUAGCUAUGGACGCGGGGGCGCGUUCUGAAUUAAUCUCAAGUACCUACUUCAGCAUUGUGAGUCUUCCCGAUAGUACGCACACGCAAACGCACAGCUCCCUAGCUAUGUAGAAAGAUACCGCUACCAUUGUGCCUACCUACCUACCUACCUAGGUAGGGGUAGGUAGGGAUGAACGUUGAUAUAAUAGAUACCCCGUUUUAGCGAGUAAUAGGUAGAUAAUGGAUACGAUGGUUUUGUUUUUUCCUCUUUAUUACCUACCUAGGUUUGUUUGCGGCUGUAAGCUGGCGAUAGAUUAGAAUCUAGAGGUGAGUGAACGGCGGGAAGAAAUUCAAGGAUCAGAGCCAGUAUCCAUUCCACGUAGUUAGUCGAUUUCGUAUUAAAUUCGUAAGUUUGCUAUUUUGGUAGUUAGUUAGCGAGC